AUGAGGAAACAAGCGGUUGAGGUUCAGGCUAAUUGUCCCAAAUGUUCCACAAUACCGACUACCGAGGAAUCUUUUACCAUUUCACUCGCAAAAGAUUGGAGGGCUCCAUAUUUGGCAUUUUUUGUUGAAAGGACUCUGCCAAGCAAUUCCAAGCUCGCCUAUAAGCUUAAGAAGACAGUAAAGAGAUAUUUUGUGGACGGAUCGAUUCUUUACCGAAAGGGAUUUAAUGGGGAACCUCUACGAUGCUUAGGAAAUACGGAGUCACAUCAAGUCAUGCAAGAAAUACACGCUGGAGAAUGCGGAGAGCAUCAAGGAAUGAAAAAGCUCCACCGGCAGCUGUUGAGUUUUGGAUAUUACUGGCCUACUAUGAAAAGGGAUGCACAUGAUUUUGUUAAGAAGUGCCACACGUGCCAAAUCCACGCCAAUUUGAGUCACAAGCCUCCUACACUGUUGCAGGACAUGCGCACUCCUUGGCCUUUCCAUACUUGGGGGCUUGACUUAAUAGGGACAAUUCAUCCUCCUUCCGACGGUUACAUAUGGAUUCUUACUGCUACAAAAUAUUUCACAAAAUGGGUCGAAGCAAUUCCUCUCCGAAAGGCUACGGGAGCCGCUGUUUCAAAUUUCAUUUGGGAAUAUAUUGUAUGCAGAUUUGGAAUUCCAUACAAGAUGGUUACUGACAAUGGCACGCCUUUUGUUAACAAGCAAGUAAGUUCAACACUUAGUGGUUACGGAAUCAAGCAUCGCCGCUCAACACCCUAUUACCCGCAGGGAAAUGGUCAAGCAGAAGCUACUAAUAAGACAAUACUGAGGAUUUUAAGCAAAAUGGUGUAUGAGUAUGAGGGCGGUUGGAGCAUUCACCUGCCGGAUGCUUUGUGGGCUUACCACACCUCACCUAGAAGUACUAUAGGUUUUUCACCUUAUUCACUGGUAUAUGGGUCCGACGCUAUUUCACCUGUGGAAAUCACCACUCCCACGGCCAGAGUGUUAGCUGUUAACGAUCUUGAAUGGGAUGCAAAGUCAUGCUCGGAUUGA